UAAGAGUAACAUAUGCCUAAUGUCCAGGCACAACAGAGUAGGUGGAGCAAAGCUCUCUUUCUAAGAAAAAGCUGGAAGGACAGAGACCAAAGCAAGGAAAAAAAGCAAGAAAAAUGAAAAUGAUGCAAGACGAAAUCAGAAAGGGUCCAUGGACAGAACAGGAAGACAUUCUCCUGAUCAACUUUGUGCACUUAUUUGGAGAUCGACGAUGGGAUUUUAUUGCCAAAGUUUCAGGUUUGAAGGUGGCGGGAGGCACAUAAUAGGUCUGAACAGAACUGGAAAAAGUUGCAGGUUACGCUGGGUUAACUAUCUCCAUCCUGGACUCAAAAGGGGGAAGAUGACACCCCAAGAAGAGAAACUUGUGCUGGAGCUUCAUGCCAAAUGGGGAAAUAGAUGGUCAAGAAUUGCUCGCAAAUUACCAGGGCGAACAGAUAAUGAGAUAAAGAACUAUUGGCGAACUCAUAUGCGAAAGAAGGCUCAAGAGAGGAAGAGGGCCAUGUCGCCAUCAUCAUCAUCUUCUAACAGUUCCUCGGGAUCAAAUAUAACUACAGUCAAUUCAUCAUCACCUUUCCCGGAGACUGGAGAAGCAAGCUUCUAUGAUACAGGGGGGCCUGACUCCUCAGCUUUAGGUGGAAAAAGCAGGGAGGAAGUCCAAGGAGGUGAAAAGGGGUACUCGAUGGAUGAGAUAUGGAAAGAUAUUGAGAACACUAUUGGACCAGUUUGUGAUGGUUUCAGUAAAGAAGGCUGCAAUUUUUCUUGUCCCUCAAUCGUGUCUCCACCGUGGGAUUAUUGUCCAGAGCCGCUAUGGAGGAUGGAUGAUGAGGAGAGCAAGAUGCUUCUGUCUUACGAGUACGGGACAAUGUUUUUAACUGGCUAAUCAGAAAUUCUUUAUUUAUAUUUCUUCAAAGACGUUAAUGUUUCUCUGAGGAAGCUCUAACCUGUACAGUAAUGGGUUUUCUCUAAGCUUUCUGAUGUGUUAUCAUCUUAUGCAAAAAACCUAUGUUCCCGUGUUUUUGUGUGUUUUCACUUUUCAGAGAGGAAGAGAGAACCUUAUCAACUCUCCUAUCAGGGGAUUGUACUUCUCAAUGAUGUAUAAUAGACCUUAAGUUUUUAAUGUGGAA